UCACUGGUCACAAGUCACGCGUGUUCUCGCGUUAGCAGUAGAUCUCGCCUCACCUCGCCUGGGCUCCGUGUCGCUGCUGCCCGUGUGACACCGUUUCGGCGACCUUAGCUGAAGCCUCGUAUCGUUCUCUGUCAGUCUCCCCACAGGUGCAGCCAUGCGCAGUCUGCAUCUACUCCUGGUUCCCACUUUACUGCUCCUCCUGGCCCUGCCUGCCUCAAGGGGGCGCUACAACGACGACUUUGACGAUGGCGAGGACAUCGCUGAGUUUGACGACAAUGACUUUGCCGAGUUUGAGGACAUGGCUGAUGAUGUGGUGACUGAGUCGGAGACUGAACCUCCACCACGUGCUGCUGCUUCCUCUCAGCCCGAGGAAGACGAGGACGAGGAUGAAGAUGAAGCCACGGUGGAGCUGGAGGACGGUCAGGAUGGCUUCGAUGACUCAGACACUCAGGAUCAAGACAUGUACAGCAAAUACGACCAGGAAGAGUUUGAAGGGAUUGGGGACAUGGAGAAGACAACCCACUCCAUGAAAGACCCCCUCAUUAUCCACACAGUUCCUGCACAUCUGCAGAACAGCUGGGAGAGCUACUACAUGGAGAUCCUCAUGGUGACUGGGCUGCUGGCAUACAUCAUGAACUACAUCAUCGGCAAGAACAAGAACAGUCGCCUGGCUCACGCCUGGUUCAACUCUCACAGAGAGCUGCUGGAGAGCAACUUCGCCCUCGUCGGCGAUGAUGGCACCAGCAAGGAAGCGGUGAGCACCGGGAAGCUGAACCAGGAGAACGAGCACAUCUACAACCUGUGGUGUUCUGGACGCGUCUGCUGUGAAGGCAUGCUGAUCCAGCUGAAGUUCCUGAAGAGGCAGGAUCUGCUCAACGUGCUGGCCAGGAUGAUGAGGCCCAUCUGUGACCAAGUGCAAAUCAAAGUCACUCUCAAUGAUGAAGACAUGGACACAUUUGUGUUUGCGCUGGGCACCAAGAAAGCGAUGGCUCGUCUUCAGAAAGAGAUGCAGGACUUGAGUGAGUUCUGCGGGGAUAAGCCGAAGUCCGGAACCAAGUUUGGCCUCCCGGACUCUCUGGCUAUCCUGAGUGAGAUGGGCGAGGUCACAGACGGGGUGAUGGACAAUAAGAUGGUUCACUACAUCACCAACCACGCCGACAAGAUCGAGUCCAUCCAUUUCUCGGACCAAUUUUCUGGUCCAAAAGUUAUGCAAGAGGAGGGUCAGCCGCUGAAGCUGCCCGAGACGAAGAAGACGCUGCUGUUUACAUUUAAUGUGCCUGGGAUGGGCAACACUUCCCCCAAAGACAUGGACUCUCUGCUUCCCCUUAUGAACAUGGUCAUCUACAGCAUCGACAAGGUCAAGAAGCUGCGUCUCAACAGAGAGGGAAAACAGAAGGCCGACAGGAACCGAGCCCGCGUAGAGGAGAACUUCCUGAAGCAGACUCACGCUCAACGCCAGGAGGCUGCACAAACUCGCCGGGAGGAGAAGAAGAGGGCUGAGAAGGAGAGAAUCAUGAAUGAGGAGGACCCGGAGAGGCAGCGGCGCCUUGAGGAAGCUGCUCAGCGUCGUGAGCAGAAGAAGAUGGAGAAGAAGCAGAUGAAGAUGAAGCAGAUCAAAGUGAAAGCCAUGUGAAGCGUUGCUUUGCCGCUGAGAUGCAGUGCUGCUCAGUUUUUUUCUCAAAGACUCUGAGAAUGUCUCCAUUACGUUUUAAAAUCUCCCUUCACGCUACGAAUCAACAUUUAUGCAGCAGAGGAAAUGCUCCAAAGGCUGUGAACCAUUUUAUAGUAAAAGAUUAGGUUCUUUAGUAUUAAUAUAAUCUUUUAAUUUAUAUGACAAUUACUGCUGGCUUUUUUCUCAUGACUGAGUUGAUAAUAAAAUGCACUGACGAGUGUGUGUGUGUGUGUGUGUGUGUGUGUGUGUGUGUGUGUGUGUGUGUGUGUGUGUGUGUGUGUGUGUGUGUGUGUGUGUGUGUGUGUGUGUGUGUGUGUGUGUGUGUGUGUGUGUGUGUGUGUGUGUGUGUGUGUGUGUGUGUGUGUGUGUGUGUGUGUGUGUGUGUGUGUGUGUGUGUGUGUGUGGGAGGAGGUUGUUGCUACACUUGUUUUCAGCUCACUUAACAAACACAAUUGAAUGGUAGAACACAAGCUUGCACGUUCACAUUUCGUUGAUGACACGCAAGCACACAUUUGUACAGUCAAAUGCAAAACCCUUAAGCUCUUCACCCUGACACAAGGCACAUACGCUUACGUACAUAUUAGCACAUGAAUAGAAACACUUCAUGCAAAUAUAAAUAAAAUGACUCAACAAACUGCACACAUUGAUGCACACAUCUGCAACGCUGGCACAUUAAUAAAGCACAUAAUGUUGACCUUUAUUAAAAAAAAAACAGCGAUUCAAACCCUUCAUGAACAUUUAGUCCAAUAAAACAUGAACCCAUCAUUCAGUAAAGAGAGAAGUCAUUGAGAAUCUGUGUCGACUUGCAUCUGUUCAUAUCAUGACUAAAUUAGUCAGAAUUAAUUAUAAAUAUAAUGAGUCAUUACAUAGUUUCCCUUGGGAUUAAUAAAGUUUUUCUGAUUCUAAACUGAAAGCAGGACGGACACUCACCACUAAAUUUAACUUUCAGAUUGCAUCAGCGCCUUCUGUUGACUGGAGUUUCAUUAGCAUGGGACAACAAACUGAUUUAUAUAUUGUAUAUUUCGAUCACUUAUUCACUGUCACCUGCAUCCAACGUGAUUUAAAUCAAUCGGCAAUCUUAACACCUUAUAUUGUACUCUCCAGCAAAUAAGAACAUUUUUUUCUCACUACCCAUGA